AUGUUUUACAUGAUGCAACAGCAUUCGCAGAGGUCACCUGAUGGGGAGGGUGAAGCACCGCGGGUUGCCUAUCUAUUAGGCAGAUCAGAUUGCGUACUGCAGGAUCCCAUGACAACCACACCCCGGGCCCUGUGGCUGCGGCAAUGACAUUGACCUCCGCGGUGAAGCGCACUCCACUCGCGACGCCACACGUGAUGCUGGUCGUGGACCAGACCGGUUCUACCGGGUGCCUCCCUACACUAUGCCCGUCCCGCUCCUCUUGUUUGUCGCCCCGGCCUUUCCAAGGAGGCGGCGGCGUGACGUCAGCAAAGGGAUGCAGUCGCCGGUGCCGCCGCGGGGGGCGGCGGCGCAGGGGGUGGCGGUGUGGUGUGGCGUUUCCGCGAACCUGGCACAGUUGUCUCCGGCGCUCCGAGAUGAACGUAUCGCAGGUCGUGAUCCUGGUGGCGGUGGUGGGUGCGGCGGCGCUGUGCGCGCCGGUGGACGGCGCGGCGUACGCCUGGCCCUUCGCCCCCGACCAAAACAAGAGCAACGUCGCCACGCCCUCAGCCUCGCCGCCGUCCGCGAGCGCCCCGACCACGACAGUGACGGGCCCGCGGCAGCCGACCCCCGAGGAGCGGGAGGACUGCCAAUCUCAGAUAGGCAAAAUCGAGGAAGGGGUACACAUCAGCACCAUGAGGAAGUACGACAUGGCCAAGAUACUCGAGGAGCACGGCGGGGCGCCUGGCAAGCUAAACGAGCCGUUGGAUAUGGACGUCCCGGAAUUCCCCGUGGCUGACCCUACACUGAAGCCUCUGCCAGACACCGGAAACACCACAUUUUGGGUGUACGACUACAAGUGAGUCCACUGAUGAUUGAUAG